GCGUGGAUUGGCCGCGGCGGCUGCCUGUCAUCACGCUCGGGGCCUGGUGCGGCCUGUGAGGGACCGAGGGAGGCCAUUGCGGCUGGAGCGUCUCCGAGAGCUCGGUCAGGAAUCAAAGCGGCAGAGUGGCUCCCCCGAGGGCUUCCGAGGAGAUCUUGAAAACUGCCAAAUCCUGGGAGGAAAACUACAUGACACUACAUCAUGAGCGAGAGUAAAUGUGACAGUCAGUUUUACAGUGUUCAAGUCUCAGACUCGACAUUCACUGUACUAAAACGUUACCAACAAUUGAAACCUAUUGGCUCUGGGGCUCAAGGCAUUGUAUGUGCUGCAUUUGAUACAGUUCUUGGAAUAAAUGUUGCUGUAAAGAAAUUGAGUCGCCCUUUUCAGAACCAAACACGCAAACGAGCUUACAGGGAACUUGUGCUUCUAAAAUGUGUCAAUCACAAAAAUAUAAUUAGUCUAUUAAAUGUAUUCACACCACAGAAGUCACUAGAAGAAUUUCAAGAUGUGUAUUUAGUUAUGGAACUAAUGGAUGCUAACUUGUGCCAAGUAAUUCAUAUGGAGUUGGAUCAUGAAAGAAUGUCCUACCUUUUGUACCAGAUGCUGUGUGGUAUCAAACAUCUCCAUUCAGCUGGUAUCAUCCAUAGAGAUUUAAAACCCAGCAAUAUAGUAGUAAAAUCAGAUUGUACUCUCAAAAUCCUUGACUUUGGACUUGCAAGGACGGCAUGUACUAAUUUCAUGAUGACCCCAUAUGUAGUAACACGAUAUUACAGAGCACCAGAGGUUAUUCUUGGCAUGGGAUACAAAGAGAAUGUUGAUAUCUGGUCAGUUGGUUGCAUCAUGGGAGAAUUGGUGAAGUUGUGUGAUAUUCCAGGCACUGAUCAUAUUGACCAGUGGAAUAAAGUUAUUGAACAACUAGGUACACCAUCAGCAGAUUUUAUGAAAAAACUGCAGCCUACUGUGCGGAACUAUGUAGAAAAUAGGCCAAAAUAUCCAGGUAUCAAAUUUGAAGAAUUGUUCCCAGACUGGAUAUUUCCAUCGGAAUCUGAUCGGGACAAACUAAAAACUGGUCAAGCUAGAGAUUUACUAUCAAAAAUGCUAGUAGUAGAUCCAGACAAACGAAUUUCGGUAGAUGAAGCUUUGCGUCAUCCAUAUAUCACUGUUUGGUAUGACCCAGCUGAAGCUGAAGCGCCUCCUCCUCAAAUCUACGAUGCACAGCUGGAAGAAAGAGAACAUGCCAUUGAAGAAUGGAAAGAACUAAUAUAUAAAGAAGUAAUGGAUUGGGAAGAAAGGAAUAAGAAUGGUUUGGUAAAAGAACAACCUUCAGAUGCAGCAGUGAAUAGCAACACCAGCCCUUCCCAGUCAUCAUCUAUCAAUGACAUUUCAUCCAUGUCGACAGAACAAACAUUGGCUUCAGACACAGACAGCAGCCUUGAUGCUUUGACAGGAACACUUGAAGGAUGCCGGUGAUCAGCUUUGCAGAUUUAACAUUGGCAAAGAACUUUUGCUUCUGUUGGGCCUGAAAUGCUUGUAAGUUUAUGGAACCAAGCAAAGAAACUCCAUGUUCUGCAUGUUUUUUUCUAAAGUAAUGCCUGUGAUUUUACUCAGUUGAAAUAAGACUAUCUGCUUAAUAGUGUAAAAUGAAAGCAACUUUAUAUCUCGGGACGAAACAAACAUUACUAUACCUAUUCUGUUUUAACCUACAUCAGGUGAGCAGUUAGAGUAACUCGAAGCGCUAAUGAGUUCAUGGGCAUUCUGUCAGACAUCUGAAACAUAAUCAAUAUAAAUUUCAAAAGAAAAGGAAAAAAGAAAGCCAUUGUAAGUGGCGUUGAAUGUAUAUCUUUACAAUUACAUACAUUUGCUAUAUUAGUGUAUCUUGCUGGUAUUUUCAGUACUGUAAAAUAUAGAGGCAGUUGUUUACCUACAUAGCAUUCUUUUCUCGGGGCCUUUUCCUCUCCACCUCCUAAUUUCUGUACUUUUCUAUAGAAGAAGCAAACAUGUGAAUUCUUGCUUCAUCUUUACAUCUGAAUGUAACUCUGCUUCUCUGAAUGUGCUCUUUCAGUGCUUUCAUUUCAAGGGGUAAGGUGGAAUAAGUAAAACGUGCCAUGUGGGAAUU